AUGAAAUUUCCAGGUCCAAGUAAGGUAAAUCCUUCUUUGCUUGACUUGAUGCAUUUGAAGUCUUUGGAUCUGAGCUUGAACAAUUUUUCUAGAGCUCCCAUUCCUAAAUUCAUUGGUUCCCUUGUACAUUUAGAAUAUCUCAACCUCUCCUAUGCCGAGUUCAGUGGAUCCAUUCCACCUGAGCUUGGAAACCUCUCGCGCUUGCACUUCCUUGAUAUUAGUUGGAAUGGUUAUGAUUUUUAUAAUUCUAGAUGGACCUCCUUACGUGCUGAUAGCCUUCGUUGGCUCUCCAACAUCCCUUCUUUGCACUCACUUUACUUGAGUGGCGUCAACUUCUCAAAGGCAGCCAAUUGGCUUCAUGAGAUUAACAUGCUCCCUUCUCUAUUAGAUUUGUGUUUGUCCUAUACUGACCUCCCUAUUGCAUCUGCUUCUAUAUCACAUGUUAAUCUCACAUCGCUCACCAUGCUUGAUCUUUCUCGGAAUUACCAUCUCAAUGCUACCCUACCACAUUGGCUGUUCAAUAUUAGCAAUCUUGUGCAUCUUAAUCUUGGAGGAUGUGAUUUACCUGAUAGACUAUUAUUUUCUAUAGGGGAUCUACAAAACUUGAAAAUCUUAUAUUUGUUUGAGAAUCAAAUUACCAGAGAAAUUUUUCCCAACUUAGCAAACCUCAGCCACCUGGAACAUCUAGAUAUGUUUUGGAACAAAAUUAGUGGAAAGAUACCGAGAAGCAUCGAGAACCUCCACAACUUGGUAGAAUUGGAUUUGUCUUAUAAUCAAAUUACUAGAGAUUUCUUCCAAAACUUGGGAAACCUCAGCCAUUUGGAACAUCUACGUAUGGCUUCAAACAAAAUUUGUGGAGAGAUACCGAAAAGCAUCAAGAACCUCCGCAACAUGGUGGAAUUAGAUUUGUCAUACAAUAGAAAUAUAAGUGGAGAGAUACCAGAAUUCCUUGGGAAUCUAAUUCACCUACAGGUGCUAGAUUUAUCAGGCAAUGAGAUCAGUGGAGAGAUACCACAUGCCUUUGACAAGCUUCAUAGCCUAUAUUAUUUGGCAUUAGCAUCAAACCGCAUAACCGGAAAGAUACCGAGAUUUAUAGGAAAUCUGUGUAAGUUGAAUGGGCUAGAUAUAUCUGAUAACAGCAUUACUGGUCAUUUGACCGAAGCCCACUUUGCCAACCUUACAAGAUUAGACUACUUGGAUCUAUCUUACAACUCAUUUCAGACAAAUUUAGAAGAAUUAUGCCUCAGUGAAAACAACAUUUCAGAUGGCUUUCCUGCUUGGUUUUGGGAUCUAAAAAAUUUGAACGAUUUGAAUGUGUCCCAUAAUAGCAUGACAGGAUGGCUACCAACUUCUUUGGGAGGCCAACAAUAUUGGUAUCUUGAUGUUAGUUACAACAACUUUCAUGGUCCAAUUCCUAAAUUAAAUACUUCUUAUCUAGAAAUCAUGAUACUAUCCAACAACUCAUUUUCUGGGCCUAUUCCCUUGAGCUUUGCCAAAGCUAUAAAUCUUAGAUACUUUAUUUUGCCCCGUAACCAUAUUGAUGGUAGCAUCCCUCAAUUCCUAUGCAAUCUAUCUUCAUUAGAAAUUCUUGAUCUCUCCAACAAUAACUUGUCUGGUGGCGUCUGGCUGUUCUGUAAUGGUUUGGCUUCAUUGGAAGUACUUGAUCUGUCUAACAAUGAGCUGUUUGGAGAACUUCAUCACUAUCCGUACAAACCACGACAUGGAACAAUUGAUUCCAAGGAGGACAAUAAGUUAGAGCAUUCUUUCGACUCAGUGGCAUGUCCUGUUAAGCUCCAAUCACUUCAUCUAAGAAAUAAUAGGCUCUCCGGAAAACUACCUUUAUGGCUGAAAUAUUGUAGACAAUUGGUUAUUCUUGAUCUUAGUGAAAAUAGAUUCUCAGACAACCUACCAAUAUGGAUUGGAAAAAGCCUCAGAUCACUGAGAGUUCUUUCUCUGAGGUUAAAUUUCUUCAAUGGCAGUAUUCCAGCUCAACUAUCAUAUCUUACUUCUCUACAAGUUUUGGACCUCGCUUGCAAUAAUUUUUCAGGUGCUUUGCCUCCAUCGUUUGGAAAUUUAAGUGCAAUGAAGAGGACACAGAAUGCAGAAAAACCAAUGCUUACAGACUUCCAUGCGUACUAUACAGAGGGCUUAGUAAUGACCACAAAAGGAAUAGAAAUUGAGUAUACCAGUGUGCUCUCAUUUGUGAUGAGCAUAGAUCUCUCAUGCAACAAUCUUUCUGGGACGAUUCCAAUAGAACUGGUAAAUCUCCAUGGACUGCGUUUCUUGAAUCUCUCUAAUAAUCACUUCACAGGAAAGAUUCCGGAAAAUAUUGGUGCCUUGACACAGUUAGAAUCACUUGAUCUGUCGGUGAACAAUCUCUCAGGCAUGAUUCCCUCAACUAUUUCCUCCUUGUAUUAUUUGAAUCACUUGAGCUUGUCCAACAAUAACUUAUCUGGAAGAAUUCCAUGGGGAAAACAAUUACAGACAUUAUGUGAUCCCUCCAUUUACAAUGGCAAUUCUUAUCUUCGUGGAUGGCCUUUUCCAUGGUGCUUUAAUGAUGCCCCUUCUAAAAGUCCAUUUCAAAACAGAGGAGAAGAGGAGGAAUGUGGAAAUGGCGAUGAGUCUGAAAUGAUAUGGUUUCAUGCUUGCUCUGCAUUGGGUUUCGUUGUGGGGCUCUUGGGGUUCAUCUAUGUGCUCAUGAUCAAACAAGCUAUAAGGAUUGCUUAUUUCCACGUGAUUGACAUGACAUACGAUUACAUCUAUGUGCAAUUAGCAAUGAGAUUUGCCAAAUUGAAGUCCAUCUUGCCCAUCUUGAUGAACAAUGGCCAAGGAUAA